AUGGUGGCCUCCAGGAGGGUUGCUGCCUGCAUCUUGAUGGCCGGCGCCGCAGCGGCGGACUACCGCUGCUCCCCUGUGCUGAACGAUACCUUACGAACACGACUGUCGCUUCGGAGCUGCGAGCAUCUCCUGGCCUCGAGGUGCGGCUUUCAAAACACCCUGGUAGAAGCGCCCGGAAGUUGCGCGGCCACCGAUUCAGACAUGCCUCCCCCCGCGACGUCUUUCUUUCCGGGCACCAAGGCCAGUGAACUGGGCUGCAUCGCGCGCUCCUCGACCUUCGGUCGCGCCCUGUGGUGCCUCGCGCGAGGGGUGAACACCGCGAUGGAGCUUUUCACCGGCGUGGGCGGCGGCUCCACGCUCCUGCUCGCGCACGCUUUGUCUGCGCACCGGCCUGGCCGGCGGGGUGCGCCGCGUUCCUUCUUCACCGUGGAGAGGCACCUGGGCAACGCCUAUCAUGCCCAGAACGUCCUGGAGAGCGUUGGGAUUCCGGCCCAGGUCCUUUCCUUAGCCCGCCCAGGUGGGCUGACCAGCAGCAUGGCAGCGCUUGUAAAGGAGCAGCCGGGGGUUUGGAUUUUGCACGGAGACGUCUUCGAGAAUCUGGGUGUUUUCGAGGCGCUUUGCGGCGCCAUCGGGGGCCUCGACCUGGUAAUGCUCGAUCCGCCCCUGGACAUGCGGAACGUGUGGCCGCUGCUGGAGGCGGCGUGCAAGCCGAAGUUCUUGGCCGUGCACAAUGCCAACCUGCCCGGCCACGCAGGGUGGCUCCCAGCCCACCUACGGCGCCAGCCUGGGAACAGGUGGUACGAGAUGAUGAACGGGUCCCAUCCUUCUGUUUGGGAGCGGGGCGUGCGCUCCUGGUCGCUGAUGGGCCAGUGCUGGUGA